AUGAAUGCCGCGCUAAAUAGCAAGUUUCAGCUCAACAAAACCUCUUGUAAUGAAUCCUGGGUCGUGACCAAUUCAACGAUUAAGAGAACGAUUGCUUUAGUUUUAUCCAACGGGACGGAAAAAGUUCACGGAAAAGAAGUCAAGUUUAUUGUACUUUGUCUCAUCAUUCUUGCUGCGUUGCUCGGAAAUGGCUUCAUUCUGUGGCUCAUUUCUAAAGACAGACGUAGACGACGCUCAGCAACAAACAUCUUCAUUGCAAGUCAGUGUGUUACUGAUUUUGCCACUUCCCUACUCGUCAUUCCAUUUGGCGCCGCUUCACUCCUCCAAGGUGGCUGGAUGCUUGGUAAAGGCUUUGCUAUAGGGGUCUGUUUUUUAAACAUGUUCUUCACCGCUUUAACACUUCUCCACCUAGCAGUUAUAGCACUUGAUAGAUACUUUGCCGUUGUGAAGCUCUCCCAUCACCUUAUGAAAAAGCGCACUGCUUUAUGGAUUGUCAUAGGUUGCUGGACAACGGCUUUUAUGACGUCAUUUCCUUGGUUACCAUUGCUAAGCGACAAAGUCGUGGCUGAGUACUUUAGAGGAUUUCUUACUUGCGGACAAAGGUUUUUACGUCCGUCAGGUGAAAUUGGAUUAUUUGUAUYUAUAUGUGCGGUUAUCAUGGGAUUCCCACUGGCUGUCAUUACUUUCAGCUUUUACAGUAUCGGCAAGAAAAUAAAAAGCAGCCGUUGCAUUACUAUGCCAGUGACUCUGUCCAAUGUUCAAACGCUCCAACUCGAUGCCUACGCUAAAUCAGCUUAUACGUCAUUUAUUGUCACUCUUUCAAGUCUUAUUCAAGUUUUCCCGGCUUGUAUAAUGAUGGCAAUAGAUGGCAUGCAGUUGGUGCGGAUUCCAAACGAUGUUGCCACAGCUGCAAAAAUUGUUAUGUGGAGCCAUUGUGCAUUCAAACCAAUAGUUUACACUUUACGAAAGAAAAAUGUCGCAUUUGGAAGAGCUGGUGCAUAUCUAAAAUCAUUCCGCCAAAACUCUUCUUCUAAAACACAAAGAAACAACGCAUAUAUUGUUGCUUUAUUCCGGGUCAACGGUGAUGCCAAAGAGACUAGAAAAGAUGAAGUGGGAGAAAAUGUUAAUUGUAAAAACGAAUCAAUUUCUCCUUAUAUCUUUUACUCGUGUAAGAAACCCGAGAAUAGCAUCGAAAAUGAUUCUGAAUUUGAUGAUAUACUAACAAUAGUUAGUAUCUGA